GGGGCAGGUCCCUGCUCCCUGUUCCUGUUGUGGGCAGUGUCCCUGCGGAGCUGGUGCCAUCAUGGUGGUGACUCUGGGGUACUGGGAUAUCCGUGGGCUGGCCCAAGCCAUCCGCCUGCUGCUGGAGUACACAGAGACCCCCUAUGAGGAGCGGCAGUACCGCCCGGGGCCGGCUCCUGACUUCAACGUGAGCGAGUGGACCAACGAGAAGGAGAAACUGGGGCUCGACUUCCCCAAUCUGCCCUAUCUCAUCGAUGGGAAAGUGAAGCUGACUCAGAGCAACGCCAUCCUGCGCUACAUCGCCCGCAAGCACAACAUGUGCGGUGAGACAGAGGAGGAGAUCCAGCGCGUGGACUUGAUGGAGAACCAGAUCAUGGAUUUCCGCAUGAGAUUCGCACGGAUGUGCUACAGCCCUGACUUUGAGAAGCUGAAGCCUGGGUACCUGCAGGAGCUGCCGGGGAGGCUGCGGGAGCUGGCGCGGUUCCUGGGCUCCCGGCCCUGGUUUGCAGGGGACAAGCUCACCUUUGUGGACUUCCUGGCCUACGAUGUCCUGGACCAGCAGCGCAUGUUCGUGCCCGACAGCCCUGAGCUCAGCGGGACCCUGCGCCAGUUCAUGGAGCGCUUCGAGGCACUGGAGAAGAUCUCAGCCUACAUGCGCUCGGGGCGCUACAUGAAGACCCCCAUCUUCUGGCGCACAGCGCAUUGGUGCAACACCAAGGAGUGAUGUGGGGGAACCCCUAAGCUCCCCCGGACCCCACUUCCUGCAGAAUAAAUCGAGGCGGGGGGGCUGCCCCUUCUCCC